AUGAAAUCAACUUCUUUUUUCGCCGUCCUGUCCUCGUUCUUUUUCAAGCCCAUACCCGCAGUGUCACUACCGCAGACCAGGGAAGAUGGCUUGAGAGUUGUCAAUUUGGAAACUGAGCGGCGCCCAGCGCGGCAUCCCGUCCACAGAGACAAUCUCAGGAAAAGGGGUACUGUCACAGUAGGCUUGGAUAAUGAGGAAACACUCUACUUGAUCAACAUCACUAUCGGCACCCCCCCGACCUCUCUGAGGUUGCACAUCGACACCGGUAGUAGCGACCUCUGGGUCAACACCCCAGGCUCGUCGCUUUGCCAGUCCUCUGACAAUCCGUGCGCCUUUGCGGGCACCUACUCGGCAAACUCGUCUUCGACCUACGAAUACGUUGGCAGUUGGUUCAACAUCUCGUACGUCGACGGUUCGGGGGCGAGCGGUGACUACGCCUCAGACACCAUCACCAUCGGCGGAAAGAAGAUUGAGCGGCUUCAGUUCGGUAUCGGUUAUGAAAGUUCUAACAACCAAGGUAUCCUCGGCAUCGGCUAUCCCCUCAACGAAGUCCAGGUCGGCCGCGCCGGCAAAAAGGCCUACAACAACCUCCCGGCCCAGCUCGUCGCCGAUGGUGCUAUCCGGUCCAAGGCGUACAGCCUAUGGCUGAACGACCUCAGUGCCAAUACCGGCAACAUUCUUUUCGGCGGCAUCGACACUGAAAGAUAUUCUGGCACGCUGAAGAUUCUUCCUGUCGAGUCCGAAGCCGGCAUUUACGCAGAGUUUUUCAUCACCCUCACCAAGCUGCAGCUGGGCGACCACGCCAUCGGCGGCGAUCUUGCCCUCGCGGUUCUGCUUGAUACGGGCUCCUCGCUCACCUACCUCCCCGAUCCCCUCGUGCAAGAAAUCUACAGCCUCGUCGGCGCGACCUUCGACGCGGGCGCCAACGCCGCCUAUAUCCCCUGCUCCGCCGCCCAAAACACUACCCAACUGCUCUUCACCUUCACCGAGCCGACCAUCGCAGUCGACAUGAACGAGCUGGUCCUCGACAUCCUGGUUUCCAACGGCAAGCGUCCAACCUUCUCGAAUGGCCAGCCUGCCUGCCUGUUCGGCAUCGCCCCCGCCGGCGCCGGCACCAACGUGCUGGGCGACACCUUCCUGCGCUCGGCCUAUGUGGUCUACGACCUUGACAAUAACGAGAUCGCCCUUGCUCCCACCCGCUUCAACGCCACGACCAGCCGCGUGCUCGAAAUCGGCACGGGCGAGAACGCCAUCCCGGGUGCAACUCGCGUCGCCAACCCGGUUGCUGCUACCGAAGGCCUGCACGGUCCCAACGCCGCCACAGGCAUCAAUAAUGCUGCCGCCGGGUCCAUAAUAUUUACAUCAGGCUUGACUGCCUCUGGGUUGGCUGCAGGUGUCGCAAUUGUCGUGGGCAUGUUGCUCAUGAUAUAA